GCGAAAACUUAAUGGGACAAUUUUUCGUCGUUUUGCUGCAUGUCACGGGCAAUGAGCGUACGAUGCUUUAACAGACGACACGUUACCUCGUCUCGUACAAGUUCCACCGCUAUCGGCUCAAACUUCAUUAGUUGUCGAGUGCGCACCGACGUGUGCGCUUCAAAACUUUCGCCUGCGAUCUCUCUCGUGUGAAUGCGACUGCAUUUUAUACCCAUCCGUCAUUGUUGAAAAUAUCUUCGUUCGUUCAUUCAAUUCGCUAUCAAUCAUCAUAAUCUAUUUUAUCAUAAUUGACAAAUGUCGGGAAGUUUGACGUUUGACUUUCUCGCGGUAUUCUGUGCGAAUGUAAUUGGAGAUAACAUGAGUGGCCUGAUUGUGUGGAUCUAGAGUCAUGUAUUGGCCAAGAGUGACUCUUAAAUCAUAGAAUAGAUUGAGAAGAAUGGACCAAUAAUAACCAACAGAUUACACGAUCGUGAUAAUGCGGUGAUUGGCAAAUGGAAAGGAAUGUCACAUCAAGCAUGAGGUGUUUCAAGAGUUUCUUUCAGCACACUUGGCAUCCUCAACAGAUGGAGAGUCCGUCGAGGUUCGAGCUGACGAAGGCAGAGAUUCAGAACGGAGAGGAGACGGAAUUAGGCGAGGUGAAAGUGACGCUACCGACGAACACCGUCGCGACCUCGACCCCCGUGCAACCAGGAACUAUCCCAUGCAGAAACGGCGGCUGCAAGAGCUGGACAAGCCGCGCGGAAUCGAGGAUGGAGAGCCCUUGGCACUUCCUCAAAACCAUCUUCCUUGUCUCUGUGAUCGUCGCGCUGAUCCUUUGGAUAAUCGUCUACACGUUCCUCGCGCAAUAUCAAGUUGUUUGCUCGAGCGAGUGUAAGAAGCCAAACACUUGUGGACAGAAAGUUUUAGAAAUUCUCACAGCUCGCUCGCUUACGUCCGAAUUCCGCGACAAAGAAAUUCCCAGUGUUGAGACAUUCAAUCAGCGAGUUUACCACUCGAGGCCCGUGAUAGAUGCCCCCGAAGGAAGUACACACCUAGCCAGCAAUCUGAAGCGGGAAAACGAGAGGACGAUUGCGCGACAUUUGGAGAGCUUUUUAUCUCGCAUACGAGAUCUUCAGGGCGGGACUUCGCGACAGAAUGAUCCCGGGAAAGAGAGCGACGAAGCAAAGGAAAAUGCGACGACAGUGAGUGAACCGACGAAGAAGAAAGCUACCGGUGCAAAGGUCAACCAUUCGAAUAAAUUACGGGGCGACGAGAUCAGACUGUCAGCUCUCGAUCGUCCUGGAUCGUCCAAGUCACCACAGUUCAACAAGAUACCUGCUACCACGAAGUCUGGCCCGAGUAAAGUGAAGAGUACUCAAAGCAAAGCAACACAAAUGCGUCAGAAUUCAAGCAGCCAGAGGCUGCAGGGAAACGAGGACAUCGACGACGACUAUUCUUCUUCGGGCGUGGAGGAUGCUGGAAGAUCGAAAAAAUACGUCCUGGUCGGAUGGGACAACUUUCGUUCGAAGCUGAUGAUAAUUCUACUGGUUCUUUUCGUUUUAUGGGCAGUCAUCUAUUUCCCUCUGACUAGGAUCUGAAAUUCAGUAGCAUUAGCUCGACAAGAAAUCGAAACUCUUAAAGCUAGCAAUCUAGAGAAUCGUCAGCGAACGAUUUAUUACGUGUGUACAUUUUUAUCACGAGAGACGAUACAUACACGCUAUAGUUACAUCUGUAGUGUAACUUCCGGUGGAAAGGCUUACAUGUAUUCUCAUCUUUGUUUUAUCUUGUAAAUCUUUAGUAUUGAUAUCGGCUUUGCCUAUUAAUUUUCCAAUUUUUUCAGAAUCGGUAAUUAUUAUAGAUUUCUCAUGUUUGUAUUCAAUGUUAUUAUGAUUUGAACGUGGAACGACUGUUUCCUCUAGGGGAACUAACUGUUCCGAUACUCCAUUUUGAAUUGGAUUCCACGUGUAGAAAUAUAUACAUCCGUUUUAUGUGUAUAUCUCUGCCACUAGAAACGGCUAAUUUUUCUAUACAAAAGUAGAACUAUCUUUCCGAAAAACAAAAAUAUAUAUAUACACUUCCGGAAGACUGCUGGUAACAGGACCACUGAAAUAUAAUUAGAAAUGAACGAUUCUGACUGGUAUCAGAUGCAAACGAUAGAUGUUACUCAUAGUGUAAAUAUGUAUAUAUACACUUUUCGCAAAUAAAACACCAUUGAAUGAUAAA